CUUUUCCACCUCGACUUCUUUUUUAUUUAUCUUGACCAUGUCUGCCUCGCACGCUGCUAAGAAGACUCUCUGGAACAUCUGGUACAAGCCUGAGAUUAUCCCCAUCUAUGUCACCGUCGGCUUUGCCGUUGGCUUGUCUGGCUGGUACCUGACUCGUUUGGCACGCGGCCCUGAAGUUGUUUGGGAUCGUACCAACAACCCCUACCCCUGGAGAAACAUUGACCAGGACACUCAACUCAAGUUCAUGACCGUCAACCAAAAGUUCGACAAGACUUACAGCCGCGAUCGCCUGUAAACGAACGAAUGGACUUGAUCUCUUUUUUUCCUCCUUCAUACUCCAUUUACUGCUUUUCUCCUAAUGCACCACAUCCACAAUUUAAAAUCAACGAAACUCAAAUGUCUGAAGAUGCUCCUCUCAAAGAAGCUCUUAGUCAUGAUGUAGAAAUGAAUUGAUUCAAAUAAAGAAAAAGAAUAGAGGC